AUGCCGGCGCUGCUGCCCUUCCGCCGCCGGUCCUCCCCCAUUCCCUUCCUACUGCUCUUAUCGCUCUUCGCCUCCUCCCCUCUCUUCCUCUCCCCGAGCCCCGCAGCAACCGCCGUCGGAGAUUGCCCUCUGGAUUUUAGCUGGGCAAACUUCACACUAGCUGCGGCCGCCUGCUCUGAUCCGACCCAGCGGGCGGCGUGCUGCCGCUACAUCAAUGCGUUCGUUGCCAUUUCCAUUGCUCGCUACGCCAACGCCACGGGCAGGCUGGGGGUCCCUCCUGCCUUUGCUGAGAUCUGUCUCAGCUCCGUGUCCGAGACGUUCAAGCUGCGGGGUAUCCCCACCGAUGCCGAUGUCUUCUGCGGGCUGGGACCCAAGAUACGGGUUUCGUAUCAGUGCGCUGGGCGGGAUACCGUGCUGGAGAUGAUGCAGUCCCCAAACUUCAACGACGUUAUCGGGAGCUGCAGGGGCCCUCUGUCGCUGGAUAUCACCUGUAAGACUUGCUUGAAUUAUGGCAUCGUGUACCUCCAUCGCCUCACCGGUUCAGACGAUAAUGUUGGGCUGAGCGUGUGCCGCAACGCUGUUUUUGUAACGCUUGCGACUCAAGAGGGUAUUCUUUCAUACGAAGAUAUCGUCAAGUGCUUCUUUGGUGUCCAGGGAAUCACCACAUUUCCAGGACCAGCAUCUGUCACAUCGACCCCAGCAUCCUCUCCAAAUGUCACUGUUGAUUCUCCGGCUCCAAAUAUCAAGAGUCUUCCACAGAAACAUCAGCAACACUACAGGAUUACAGUUAUUCCAGGGAUAGGAAUCGGUGUUAUAUUGCUUGCUGUGCUGCUGCAAAUCGUCUUAGUGGUCCUGAUUCGUAGAAAGAGCAGGGAAUUGAAGAAUGCUGAAUUUCCUGCUCGGAAUCCAGAUAACACAUUUCACCACAAUCAAUCCUGGAGAUGGCCCGAUGGCCAAUCACCAAUGUUCCAAAGGUACAGCUACAAAGAAACAAUGAAAGCAACAGAUAAUUUCAGCACAGUUAUUGGAAAGGGAGGAUUUGGAACUGUCUGUAAAGCUCAAUUCAAUGAUGGCUCUAUAGCUGCGGUGAAAAGGAUGGACAAGGUUUCAAAACAAGCUGAAGAAGAGUUCUGUAGAGAAAUGGAACUCUUGGCUAGGUUGCAUCAUCGCCAUCUCGUGACCCUCAAGGGCUUCUGUAUUGAAAAGAAAGAAAGGUUUCUUGUGUAUGAAUACAUGGCGAACGGAAGUCUAAAAGAUCACCUGCACUCAUCUGGAAGUAAGCCGUUAAGCUGGCAGACAAGGCUACAGAUUGCAAUGGACGUGGCCAAUGCUCUGGAGUAUCUUCAUUUCUUUUGUAACCCUCCACUCUGCCAUAGAGACAUCAAAUCGAGCAAUAUUCUUUUGGAUGAGCAUUUUGUUGCAAAGGUUGCUGAUUUUGGCCUUGCACAUGCAUCAAGAACUGGAGCGAUCAGCUUUGAAGCUGUGAACACGGAUAUACGAGGAACCCCAGGGUACAUGGACCCUGAAUAUGUGGUUACUCAAGAGUUGACAGAGAAGAGUGAUAUAUACAGCUACGGCGUGCUUCUUUUGGAGCUUGUGACUGGACGGAGAGCAAUACAAGACAACAAGAACUUGGUUGAGUGGGCACAGAUGCACCUUUCGUCUGGAGUGAUCUCUCCUGAAAUUGUAGACCCAAGGAUCAGGGCUGCUGUUGACAUUUACCAGCUGCAUCUCGUGGUCGGCAUUGUGCAAUGGUGCACCCAGAGAGAAGGGCGGCAGAGGCCAUCCAUCAGGCAGGUUUUGAGGAUGCUCUCAGAGAGGCUGGAUCCGGGGAACGGCAGCUUUGGCGAGGGCAUGGAAGACGCAGAGGGGGGCUUUUAUCCCAGGAGCAGCAAGUGUGGCACCCAUCACCGGAACGAGCUGGUCCCUUACAGCGGUGACAUGAGGUCCCUGCAUUCCUCAUCGAGCACAACCAGGUCUUACUGCAGCCGCAGCAUGCUGCUUGAGAGUGGGCAGACUCAAUCUCCCCCAGAAACCCUGUGA